AUAAUAGUCCCAUCUCUCAGAGCACCAGCCAGUUGUGCAGAUCCUUCUUGCCUCCGUCCCAGCCCUGCUGUCCUCCUUCCCUGCCCAGGCUCUCACCUCGCUGCGCAGCCCAGGACAGUGACCACUCCCAGGAGCACAGCGGAGGAGCUGCAGGAUGGACAAGAAAAGCAAAAUGCAAGCGGAGAAGCACCUCACAGGAACACUGGUCCUCUCGGUCUUCACUGCGGUGUUGGGCUUCUUCCAGUACGGCUACAGCCUGGGUGUCAUUAAUGCCCCCCAGAAGGUGAUAGAAGCCCACUACGGGCGUGUGCUGGGCAUCGUCCCCCUGGACAGACUUGCCACCAACGCCUCCGAGGAGGAUGGCACCAUCCCCAGCACAGAGCCCUGGGGCAGCACCGAGGGCACACUCGUGCCCCCAACCAACUCCAGCGAGGACCUCGCCACCUCCCCGCACAUCCUCACCAUGUACUGGUCCCUCUCCGUCUCCGUGUUCGCCAUUGGCGGCAUGAUCUCCUCCUUCACCGUGGGGUGGAUCGGCGACCAGCUGGGGAGGGUGAAAGCCAUGCUGGUGGUGAACGUCCUCUCCAUCAUUGGGAACCUCCUCAUGGGGCUGGCGAAAUUUGGGCCGUCUCACAUGCUCAUCAUCGCCGGGAGAGCAGUCACGGGGCUGUACUGCGGGCUCUCCUCCGGACUCGUGCCCAUGUACGUCAGCGAGGUCUCUCCCACGGCCCUUCGAGGAGCGCUGGGGACGUUGCACCAGCUUGCUAUCGUCACGGGUAUCCUCAUCAGCCAGGUCCUCGGACUAGACUUUCUCCUGGGGAAUGACGAGAUGUGGCCCCUGCUCCUCGGUCUGUCCGGUGUGGCUGCCCUCCUGCAGUUCUUCCUGCUCUUACUGUGCCCCGAGAGCCCCCGAUACCUUUACAUCAAACUGGGGAAGGUGGAAGAAGCUAAAAAAAGUUUGAAAAGGCUGAGAGGAAACUGUGACCCAAUGAAAGAGAUUGCUGAGAUGGAAAAGGAAAAGCAAGAAGCUGCUAGUGAAAAGAAAGUCUCCAUAAGGCAGCUUUUCACCUCUUCAAAGUAUAGGCAGGCUGUCAUCGUGGCACUGAUGGUGCAGAUAUCUCAGCAGUUCUCAGGAAUCAACGCGAUCUUUUACUACUCUACAAACAUUUUCGAGAGAGCCGGAGUUGACCAGCCAGUUUACGCAACCAUUGGUGUUGGAGUGGUGAACACAGUCUUCACUGUUAUCUCCGUCUUUCUGGUGGAGAAGACAGGCAGGCGGUCCCUGUUCCUGGCUGGUUUGAUGGGCAUGUUAAUAAGUGCUGUGGCCAUGACAGUUGGACUUGUGCUCCUGAGCCAGUUUGCCUGGAUGAGCUAUGUCAGCAUGGUCGCGAUCUUCCUCUUCGUCAUCUUCUUUGAAGUCGGGCCUGGGCCCAUCCCCUGGUUUAUUGUAGCCGAACUGUUCAGCCAAGGCCCGCGUCCCGCUGCCAUCGCCAUCGCUGGCUUCUGCAACUGGGCCUGCAACUUCAUCGUGGGAAUGUGUUUCCAGUACAUCGCGGAUCUGUGCGGACAGUAUGUGUUUGUGAUCUUCGCGGCUCUGCUUCUUGUUUUCUUUCUGUUUGCGUACUUCAAAGUACCGGAGACGAAAGGAAAGUCCUUUGAGGAGAUCGCAGCUGUGUUCCGCCGCAAGAAGCUCCCAGCCAAAGCCAUGACUGAGCUGGAAGACCUGCGAGGCAGUGAGGAAGUGUAGACAUCACCACGCUCCCAGAAAGGAGGGACUGAGCAUGGACCUCCUUCAGGCACCACGGGAAGAACGUUGGGCAAAAGUCUCUUUUCACAAAAACCUUGCAGCUGGCAGACCAGGAGAACUCAUCCAUCAGAUGGCUUCUGGCUGCUGUGGCUCACACCUCCGAGCUGCAGAUGCUAACCUGGCGUUUUACUCUGAAAUAGUUGGUACAACUGGGCUGCAGGAAGAGCUGGGGAAAGGACAGGAGGAAUAUGUUACACGUCUGUCUCUGUGUCCACUGGAAGAGCCCAGUGGGACGAUGAUCUCACUAGCUGGAAAGGCAUUACCUUGAGCAGGGUCAUCACUCAGCUGGAAUGAAGGAAAGAGGGGUUGGGUGAUGCUGUAGCCUCGUGCCUUCACCUUUCAGUCCCAUGCUUGCUGCUUCCUUCUGCUGAGUGAUCUGACACCUUGAGAAACCAACUGCUAGUGCAGUUGUGCUACCAGCACGUCGCACUGAUCACCCGAGGCGCUAAAGAAAACAGACCAAGCAAACUCCCCCUCACUCUUGCCUGUGCAGAGGAAGAAGGUGGAUCCCACCUGAAUCGGUCGGGAUGCACCUCCCUUGCUUUGCCAUCCAUGUGUUAUGGAAAUGCUGCCCAAUGUCAUAAGGAUUUCUUGAGUCACAGCAUUUUUUAGGAGAAUCUUAGAAACUCUGGCUCGGCUGAUGUGCAUUCUUUUUCUUUUGUUUCAGCUAGACUAUUUACCUCCUCCCUCCUCCCUGGAAGCCUUUCCUCCCUCCUUUAUCCCUGCUGCAGCACAAGACACAGCACAUCACUGACCACACAACAGGCCCCCAGGCCAGGAGACUCAAGUCCUGCCGCCAUCCCUCCCAUGGUGUGACCACCGCCAGAUCACCUUCUCUCCCUGCUCCUCCUUCCCACCCUCUGCGUCUGCAUUCCCUUCCUUUAGUACACUGCUUAGGCCAUGGGCUCCAGCUUCGGCCGAGGCCUCGGGCUGCCUGUACCGUAACAAUUACUGAUAACCCAAAGGGGAAACGGGUAUUGCAGCAUUAGGUGGAAGGUGCCCCACCGAUCCGACUCUCACUUGGCACCGCUUACGGUUUUGCUGGCUGGAUGUGCUUCAGCCAAGAUAGCAUUCAAGCAGGAGGUUGUGGUGUUUCUCUAACCUUGUUUGUGCUCGUUUUGCUUCUUUACGAGAUACUUCUAUGUGACAAAAUCAAACUGCAAGGAUUUUUCUUCCUUUUUGGGGGAUAUGUUGGAAUCGUUGUAAAAGCCUGCUCUCUGUUUGCUUGACUUUUAAGAUUUGCAUGUUCCUUGUUGUGAUACCAGGCUACUUUCUAGCAACUUUCUCAGGAUAGAAACCCAUUAUUUAUUUAGAGAUGAAACACCAGCAUUGCUCGGUCACUGUGAGCUCAUCGCGACUGCCAGUGAAGCAGUGACCUUAAUGUAACAGAGGAUGAAACACAGUGAAAAGCAUGAGAAUAGCUGGGCCAAGGAGGAUUGUAGGCUGCUGCUGUGGGUUCGGUUUUAGGGACGGUUCAUGCUCCUUUCCAUGUGCCUGAAAUUCUUUCCUUUGUAGACUUUACUCUCUUAUUGAGACCCCAAAGCAAAUUCUGGUCCCCUCCAAAUGACUAGAAGUGCAGCCACGAGGUCCACUGGGACAAGCUUCUGGCCGCGCUCUGUGCACUGAAGCAAUGAGAUUGCACCAAAGGCUUUCCUGGAGUGACUGCUGGGAUUUACCUAGAGAAGAACUGGGUCAAUGCUGUCAUGUGCUACAGCGGUGGGGGACCGGGGCCUGACACGGGGCACGCAGGGCAUGUGGGAGCCAGGGCCCAGGCUGCGGUGCACAGAAGAGAGCAACAGAGCUGGGGCACAGGCUCUGGGUUGAACAGUCAGAGUCUGUGUGCUGCAAACAGGUCUCCCCAGGAGACUAGCACGGCAGGCUCAGAAGCUCUCCGUGGUGUCUACUGCAGUUAGUUAAAUAUUAUAAUAGGUUGUCUGAAUGCAAAAAAAGAGAUGGAUUCUUGCUUUCAGCAAUGUUAUCUGUGUCUGUUACAUAAAAGUGACAAUAAACAACAUCUACAGCA